GCUCCGAGCUCUCGGUUCCCGCGUCGCAGUCGCCGCCGCCCUCCGCGCGUCCCCGCCGCGCUCUGUCCCUGCAGCCGGCCCGGGGCGCGCUCGGCCGCUCGGGGCAGAGUCCCCGGCGAUGGCCACUAAGAUUGAUAAGGAGGCGUGCCGCGAGGCGUACAACCGGGUGCGCGACGACGGUUCGGCGGUCAUCUGGGUGACUUUCAGAUACGAGGGCGCCACCAUCGUCCCCGGCGAGCAGGGCUCGGAGUACCAGCACUUCAUCCAGCAAUGCACAGGUAGGGAGCUGCGCGACUCACGAGGGACCCCGUCCGAGCUCAGGACGCUGCGCCGGGCCCGCAGAAGUGACCCUGGGCUCCAGGCAAGCCAGCUCCUUCCUCCCUGCGGUCACUGAUUUUCCAGGGUCCGCUCUACAGUCCAGUGCCGACCGUGCCCGCGGCCCCCUGGGAUGGGUUCCUGAGCUAACAU